AUGCCGCCCGAUAUUUCUGAUUUCGAGCAAACCGACCUGCGUAUACGGACUCUCACAGCGACCCUACAAUCCAUGCACCGAUCUGAACCUGCAGUGCGCACUCGACGAGAUCUUCCCCCUUUUUUGCGUCACCUGGCGACUCUUCUCACCUGCGGGGGCAACAAGGCUUGUAUGGCUGCGCAGGUUGUUGCUAUCACUGGAAUUGUUGAGGAACGUGGUGUUAAAGCCUUGGUGGUGACCCAAAAUGCGGCAGCAACGCAAUCAACACCGUUCUCCUUGAAGGGACACAAGGUCGCGAAAUCAAAUGAAACGUUCGACACAAUAAUCUCAGGCGAUGCCAAUGUUCCCCUGAACCAACACAUCGUUGACCUCCUGGGCCUCUUGUCAUCUUACGAUCGGACCGAUGCGAGUCAAAUCAUGAGCGUCGCGAGAUUCGUCACUAUGCGGAGCAUGCACAAACUCUUCGCUCGCUUGACAUCGGAUAAACAGACCUGGAAGAUCCGCGUCGCCGAGAUCCUGAAAGACUGGAAGCCUACGGAAAGUGACGAGUCUUUCGAACCUUUCUGGGUGAAAAAACCCAUUAACAUGGGCAUGGAGGAAGCUAUGAUGGAGAAGAGAGGCGAGGGUGACUCGGAGGAGUGGCUUUUCUCAACGAAGUCUAUUGGGGUAUGGGCGAACGCCCUCGGGACUUUGUUGUCCCUCCUUGAAUCCCACAUCAAGGAAUAUAAAGGCUUUCCUCAGGACCUUCGGGAGCAGCCAAUGAAGCCGUCGAUAAAGCAGCUGAAGAAGGAUGUUCAAAAAAUGUUAUACUUGAUCAAUUCCAACGCCGUUUCGUUGCACCGCUUUCUGACAACGCAUGUGAAAGUCGUAAAGAAAAUCCUGGUGCAGAAAUCCAUCGAGCACACAUUUAUGUCUCAAAAACGAAUUCAUGUGAUUGAGGACCUCGAAAACAAGUGGAAGAAAGAGCUCGACAACCCGACGGGGAAGCUUGACGUGGGAGACGAGAUGGACGAUGAACAUGUGGAGCUGCGGCCCGAGGACAGGGAAACUGAAGGCCAACGUGUUUACAGGUACCUUCAGACAAUUGCUGCAUGGCAUGCAGGCAUAGCAACCCUGCUCCAGCCUAAGUAUGAGUCCAUCUUGGCUGGGGUUUCUGUUGGCUUGGUUGAAGUUGCUGGAAGGAAAACAGACUUGAUGAACCACGAUGAGUUUGUGACAGAAUACCUCGCAAGAACUAUGACUGCUACAUCCGACGAUGAAGUCGAAAUCCGCGAGAUUUUUGCCUCGUUUACUCCCACCUGGUUUACUGGCACCAUUCACGCUGAGGCGACUCUGAUGGGUCUUCUCACCUACUUCUCUCACCCAGAAACCACCAGCAGUUAUAUUGGAGACAUGGAUGCUGAUAUGUUAAGGACACUCUUUGAGCCGGUAUUAUCAAUGACUACUACACCUACCAUCGGUGUGGGCAAGAAGUGUUGCUGGUGCUGCUACAAGCUUGCUCGGCUCCUGAAGGCACGCAAUCAAGAAAUAUUACUUCCUGGAACGCAUGGGGUCUUCUACGCUUGGAGCCCACCUCGCAUUGGAGUUGACAUACAGGUGCUCAAAAUGAUGGAGCAGGAAUUAUGGGAGAAGCUGGAGAAGGCGGUCACUGACAGACUUGCCCAGAUACCUAUGGUCAAAGCCCACUCUCGUCAGAGUUCAGGUUCAAGCACAGAUGUGGAAUUUCAAUGGCCUGUGCAUAAGAUACAAAAUGUCCGCAAGUAG